CCUUAAUUAUUAUAGCAAAAUUUGAUCUGCAUUUAAACCCUAAUAUUUACGUUAUAUCAUUAAUUUCUUCUUCUUUCCGUUUCUUAUUUUAGGAGAAUAAUUUGCUCAGUUUAGUGUUCACAAGCAGAGUCGCUCUAAACGAGUGUUGAUUGCGAUGAAGAAGAAAGCCAUUGUGAUUGAUGAUGGAUAUACAAGGUUUAUGGUGAAUGAAAUGUCUGAAAAAAUCGAUGUUCCAAUUAUCUGUCUUGACGAAGAUGAUGAUGAUGAUGAUCUUAUGGUUGAUAAGGAGUACAACGUCUUCUUGGAUCAUCUUCGAAGAGGUGAUAAGAAAAGUUCAAGCACUCGCCUUGAAGUUGACAAUGGAGCAUCUGACAUUCGUAGAUUAAAGAUCUUUUCUUGUGAUUCAAAGAGAUCUAAGCUUGGGAAUGAGAAUCCAGUGAAGAACAGAGUUAAUCAACAGAGCAAGAGGAAAACUGUUGGAGUUGAGGUUGAAAGAGUUAAAAUCCGAGAAAUCAUUCAAAGAGACAACAGAGUUGCUGAACGAAGAAAGCGGAGGAUCGCAGAGUUAGAAGCUGCAAAGACUUCAAGAGACGUUCCUUCACUCGAAACCCAACAAGAAGACAUUCAACAACGAGACAACAAAGUUAGGAAACUUUCCGAGUCAAAGGCUGAGACUUUAAGAAGAGAUGAUGUUCCAUUGGUUAAAACUCAAGAAGACAUUCAAAGAGACAACAGAGUUGCUGAACGAAGAAAGAGGAAAUGUGACGAUGCUUUAAUAAAAGAUGUUCCAUUGGUUAGAACUGAAGAAGACAAGAGGGUUGCUGUGGAGAUUGAUCACGUAGAGCGAGUACAUAGAGUUACAGAGGUUAAUGAUGUAGAUGAGACUUCUUCAAGGAGCAAAGAAGUUUUUGUAGGGAGAAGGAAGAAGAAUGAGGGGAGUGAAGCGGUUGUGGAUAAGGAUUACAUGAGGUACCUCACAUGGCUUGUAGAUUCUCUUAGCGAUUCGACAACUGAGCCAAUGGAAAAUCUUCAGAAAGAUGAUAUGGAUACUCUAAAAGAAUCGACAAUGGUACCUGAAUUGGAUCCACUAGUAGAAGUGAAGGUUGAACCACAUGAUGAUUGGUCUGAUUAUAUAAUUGCGAUGGGUGAUUCCCCUUUUUUGGAUGGAGAGGAGUGUACACCGUUUGUGGCGUCCAAGAAAGUGGUUGAUCUUGAUGAAGGAAGCAAAGAGAAUGAAAGUAGUAGCAGUUGGUUUAGAAAGGAGCUAAUGGAUGUUUUGAAAAAUCCAUAUGAUGAAGGAGAGAUGAAGCAGCUCCAUCGUUACGUAUCAAUCCAUAAAAAAAUGACUCGAUGCAGAGAACUACGAAAGGGAAGAGGAUCUGAUUAUGAGACUGACGAACUGGGACAAUCUUAUCUAGAAAGUUUCCCUGAUUUCGAAAAAGAAUACAAGCUUGUGGUUGGUGUUGAUAAGGCAAGAGCUUUGAAGUUGCUGCGUGGCUUUUUCUUUUACUUGAAAUAUGUUUCUCAUGAUGGUGUUUUCAAGCCUUGGGAGAAGACUCAAAGUUGGCAACCUUAGAAAUGGUAAAGCUUUUGGCUUCAUGUAGAUUAAGUUUUUGGAUUUCUGUCUGUUUUUUUUUUUUUCUUUGUUGUUGGAUGGCAAUCUGAUCCAGUGUAGUUUCUUGUAACCAAAGAAUCUGGUUUUAUUUAGGUUUUUCCUGAAAACUGAUGCAAUGUCUCAAGACUUUCUGAUCUCAUAUAACAAAAAUUGAAG